AUGGAUACGCCGCUCCCCAAAGCACUGCAGAAAAGGCAAGUGAUCGCCAUUAUUAUUCUAUUACUGUGGUGGGAGGUGGGCAGUGAAACCAUUAAGUAUUCCGUUCUAGAAGAGAGGGACAGCGGAUCAUUUGUGGCCAACCUAGCACAGGAUCUGGGGCUGAGCGUAGGGGAGCUGGCAGCACGGGGGGCCCAGAUUCUUUCCAAAGGGAAAAAACAGUAUCUGCAGCUUCAGCAGAAGAGUGGGAAUUUGAUCCUAAAAGAAAAAUUGGACCGGGAGGAGUUGUGCGGUGACAUGGAUCCAUGUAUACUGCAUUUCCAGGUGUUACUGAAAAACCCAGUGCAGUUUUUUCAAGGUGAGCUACAGCUCGGAGACAUAAAUGACCAUGCCCCAGAAUUCUUGGAAAGUGAAAUCCUCCUGAAAAUCUUGGAAAACAGCCAUCCAGGGACGGCGUUUCCCUUGAAAAUAGCUCAAGAUUUGGACGUAGGCAGCAACACAGUUCAGAACUAUACGAUUAGCACCAACUUUCAUUUCCACCUUUUCACACGCACUCACAGCGAUGGCAGGAAAUACCCGGAGCUGGUACUGGACAAAACACUGGACCGUGAGGAGCAGCCUGAGCUCAGGUUAACACUGACGGCAUUGGACGGCGGGUCACCACCCAAGACUGGGACAUCCCAGGUUGUCAUCCUGGUUUUGGACAUCAAUGACAAUGCUCCUGAAUUUACUCAGCUGCUCUACGAGGUGAAGGUCCCAGAAAACAGCAUGAUAGGCUCCCUUGUUAUCACCGUCUCUGCUAGAGAUUUAGAUGCUGGAACCCAUGGGGAGCUCUCCUAUUCAUUUUUUCAACCUUCAAAUCAAGUCAUUCAGGCAUUUGAAAUAAACACAGUCAUGGGAGAAAUUCGAUUAAAAAAACUCUUGGAUUUUGAGGAAAUUCAAUCUUACUCUACGGAAAUUGAGGCCUCAGACGGCGGGGGUCUUUCAGGAAAAUGCACCGUAGCCAUAGAAGUGGUGGAUGUGAAUGAUAACGCCCCUGAACUCACCAUGUCAUUACUCAUCAGUGAUAUCCCAGAAAACUCCCCUGAGACUGUGGUCGCUGUUUUCGGAAUUUCAGAUCCAGAUUCCGGGGACAAUGGAAAAAUGAUGUGUUCCAUCCAGGAUCAUCUCCCUUUCCUUCUGAAGCCUACGGUAGAUAAUUUCUACACCCUGGUAACAGAGAAGUCACUGGACAGAGAGAGCAGAGCCGAGUAUAACAUCACCAUUACCGUCACAGACUUGGGUACUCCGAGGUUGAAAACCGAGCACAAAAUAACCUUGCUGGUUUCCGACGUCAACGACAACGCUCCCAUCUUCGCCCAAACCUCCUACACCCUGUUCGUCCGCGAGAACAACAGCCCCGCCCUGCACAUAGGCAGCGUCAGCGCCACAGACAGAGACUCAGGCACCAACGCCCAACUCACCUACUCGCUGCUGCCGCCCCAGGACCCGCACCUCCCUCUCGACUCCUUGGUCUCCAUCAACGCGGACAACGGGCACCUGUUCGCUCUCAGGUCGCUGGAUUACGAGGCCCUGCGAGCCUUCGAGUUCCGCGUGGGCGCCACAGACGCAGGCUCCCCGGCGCUGAGCAGCGAGGCGCUGGUGCGCGUGGUGGUCGUGGACGACAACGACAACUCGCCCUUCGUGCUGUACCCGCUGCAGAACGGCUCUGCGCCCUGCACCGAAUUGGUGCCCAGGGCAGCCGAGGCGGGCUACCUGGUGACCAAGGUGGUGGCGGUGGACGGCGACUCAGGCCAGAACGCCUGGCUGUCCUACCAGCUGCUCAAGGCCACGGAGCCCGGGCUGUUCAGCGUGUGGGCGCACAAUGGCGAGGUGCGCACCGCCAGGCUGCUGAGCGAGCGCGACGCUGCCAAGCACAGACUCGUCGUUCUGGUCAAGGACAAUGGCGAGCCGCCAAUGUCGGCCACCGUCACACUGCACGUGCUCCUCGUGGACGGCUUCUCGCAGCCCUACUUACCGCUCCCGGAGGUGGCCGCGGACGAGGCCCAGGCCGACUCGCUCACCGUCUACUUGAUCAUUGCGUUGGCGUCAGUCUCGUCGCUCUUCCUGUUCUCCGUGCUCCUGUUCGUCGGGAUGCGGCUGUGCGGGAGGAACAGGGCCGCUUCAGCGGGUCGCUGCUUCGUGCCUGAGGGCCACUUUCCGGGACACUUGGUGGACGUCAGCGGCACAGGGACCCUGUCCCAGAGCUACCAGUAUGAGGUUUGUCUGACAGGAGGUUCUGGGACCAGCGAGUUCAAAUUUCUUAAACCUAUAGUCCCCAACUUUUUGGUCGAAGAGACUGGUAGGGAUGAGGAAAAUGCCAACUUUAGGAAUCAUUUUGGGUUAAAUUAGG